AUGGAUAAGAGCAUUUGUGAGAGUGUGGCUUCUUCCAGUGACUUCAUGAUAUAUAAUGUGUUAUCAGGUGGUAGAGAAAAAAGUAAACAGACCUUAAAUGAGAUAAAAACAUUACAAGAAAAAAAUGAAGAAAUUAUGAAAAAUGAAAUAAAAGAAUAUGAUGUUGUUAAUAAAUUAAUAUAUGAACGUAUUGAGAGCCUCCCUAAUAUUAUGAAUCAGUAUGAUAACUCUAUUAAGAGUAUUAUAAAUAUCGAUGAUAUUUUUUUACCUAUAAAUAAUUCCAUGCCGAGAGAAAAAAUAGGUGUCAUAAAAUAUGACACACAUGAUGAAACUGGGAAUAAAUAUAUAAAUAAUAUAAAUAAUAUGAAUAAUAUGAAUAAUAUCCAAAAUAACAAUAAUAUAAAUAAUACCAGUGUUGUAGAUAAAAGCUGUGAAGAUAUUUUAACAUGUGAUAUAGAAAAAGAUUAUAUUGAUAAUAUGAAAACUUACUCAGCUAAUCAUAUGAAGGAUGAUAAUAUAAAGAAUAAUAAAUAUAAUCAUAUAACAGAUAUAAAAAAUACACAAUCAUUGAAUUAUAAUAUAACAGAAGAAGACAAAAUAAAUAUCAAUGAAAAAAAUAAUAAUGUAGUAAAUAAUAUGAGCAUAAGUAAAGAUCAUAAAUCACCUAAUAAUGGAAAUUCAUUUUUUAUAAUAAAAAAAGAUCAUUCUGAUAAUAUAUAUAAAAAAAGUAAUGCAUCUAUAAAUAUAUCAUCAUUAAAGUCUAAAAUUCAAAAACAAAAAUUGGCUUUAUCAGAUAUGAAUAAUUAUAUAACAGAAGAAUAUUUAAACAACAGCAUGCAUAAAAUAAGGAAGUUGUCAUCUAGUGAUGGUGCUAUAUUAAAUAAUAAACCUAAUAAUAAUUUAAAAUUAUUGGACGAAUGUAAUAAUGAUUUGAAAAAUAUUAAUAUGGAUUCUAACAAAAAAGAAAAUAAUUUUAUGAUGGAUACUUCAGUUUGUAAAGAAAUGGAUAUGUCUUUAAAAUGCAAUGACCUGAACAAUUCAGAUAAAAAUAUAGAUAAAAGUAAUAAUAAAAAUGACAAUGAUCAUGUUAAGAAUCAGAUAAGUCACAAUAAAGAAUAUAUAAAAAAUGUUAGUUUUUUUAUGAAAGAUUCUAAGGAUGAUAAAAUGUCCCAUUCGUUAUAUACAUCAAAUGAGGAGACAACUAGUUUGAAUAAUUUAAGAAAGCUACAUUCAUAUUCAUCUAAAGAUAAUUUAUUAAAGGAUAUGGAAUCAUCUAACAGUUUUUUAAAGAAUGAUAAUAAUUCCUUUGUUAUUUGUAGUGAAAAUAUAAGUGAAUUCAAAAAGGCGACAUCUGGCAGAGUGCCUGAUUUGAGUAGUAAGAUAAAUGAUAAUUAUUUUAAAGAAAAUGAUAAUAAUAAUAAUAAAAGUGAUAAUGACAAUAAUAAUAAUAAAAGUGAUAAUGUCAAUAAUAAUAAUAAUAAUAAAAGUGAUAAUGACAAUAAUAAUAAUAAUAAUAAUAAUAAUGAGGAAUGUCAUCAUUGUGGUGAUAAAAUAAAAGAAACAUGCUCAGUUGAUCAUAAAACAAAACAUGAAGCUAUAUCAGAAAAUAGUAUGAACAGCGAAAAAAGUUACAGUAGCCAAUUUCUUUAUGAAGAUAAAUUAUAUUAUAUGCUAAAUAAUAAUAGCAUAGAAAAUUUAAAUUAUACUGUUACAGAAAAAUAUUCAAGUAACGUAAAAAAUAUAAAAGAAGUGAGUGAUAUAUGUUUUAGAUUUUCUCGAUUAAUUAUUGGGAAGAAUUUUAUAAAAAAUUUUGAAAAGUAUCAAAAAUUUUAUAUAAGUUAUUGCAUACCUAUAACAUAUGAAAUUUUGACAUCGAACAGUACAGAUUGUAGUAAACAAAGAAGACAAACUAUGAAUGAAAGUUAUUUAAAUAAAAAAUAUGGAAAAAAAAAUUCAUUAAUAAAUUUUUCUUUUAAAAAUGCAAAGAAGAAAGGAAAAAAUGAAAAUAAAGGAGAGACUAGAGAAGAGUGUAAGAAUGAUUUAGAAUGGGAGGAAACAAAACUUUGUGAAAAAAAAAAUAAUUCAGAACACCAAAGUAAUGUGCAUAAUAUGAAUAGUGUGAAUAAUAUGAAUAGUGUAAAUAAUAUAUAUUAUGAUAAUUGUAAUAAUAAUAUAAAAAAGAGAAGAUUUAGAAACUUUACACAAUUUAAUAAAAGAAAGAAUAGUAAUAUGAUUGAAAAAAAUGUUAUUAUAUAUGAUAGUCAUUAUAUUGAAGGUAAAUAUAUAAAUAAAAAUAAUGUCGAAUUUUUACAAGAUAUUUAUCAUAAAGUAGAUAAUAAUAUAUUUGAUAAAAUUGAAAAUAUUUCUUUUUUAUUAUGUGCUACAUUAAAUAAAAAAAAAAAUAAUCCACAAGGUUACAAUUCAUCUAUAUUAUUACAACAAAAAAAUAAUAAUAUAUUGAAAUUAUUAAAUUAUCCAUUUGUCAUACCAAAUAAUUGUGAAAUUUUAGGAAUUGCUGAAAUUCCUUUUAUUCCUAUACCAAAUUUGGAAUUACCUUUAAAGGAGUUAGCCAUUCCAAAUAAUUGUUUUCAAAAUUUAAUAAAAGGUCCUUCUAUAUUAUUUUAUUUGUAUAUAGAUAUAUUGGAGAAGUCCCUACCUCAUCAAAAUGACAAAUAUGAGAAGGAUAAUAUGAAAAGUACAAAUUAUCUAAAUGAUGAAUUAACUAGUACAGAAAAAGAAAAUUUUUCAAACAGUAUGGAGAAAAAUAUUGAGCAGGAUAAUAAAUUUUUUAAUAAAAAAGUAAAUGAAGAUAUUAAUGUCUUAAAUGAGGAUAUACACAAGAGUUCAGAAUUGAUUGAAUCAAAUGUGCAAGUAGAUCAUAUGAAUAAUAUAUGUAUAAAUGAUUUUGAUAAUAUAAACAUAUCUGGUAAUAUAGAUUGUUUUGAUAAUAUAAACAUUUCUGGUAAUAUAAACAUUUCUAACAGUUUAAACACAUCCAACAAUUUAAACAUUUCUAAUAAUGUAGAUGUUUCCCCAAAUGUAGAUACUUUAAUGUUAUCUGAUAUGUUGAAGGUGUCAACAGAUGAAAUAAAAAUAAAUGAAGAAAAAAAAAAUUAUGAACAUGUUCAGGUAAAUAUUAACAAGUCAGGUAAUAAUUUGGAGCACAAGUUACCUUCUGAUGAAAAGGAAGAAAUGAGAACAUCGUUAAAGAGUGAAUAUAUUGAGGAUAAGGGAUUUGAGGAAUUGAUUGAAGAAAAGGAUGAAAGAAAAAAUGAUACAGUUGUUAAUAGUGAUGAUAAUAUGAAUAAUGUUGAUAAUAUUAAUAGUGAUGAUAAUAUUAAUAGUGUUAAUAAUAUCAAUAGUGAUGAUAAUAUCAAUAGUGUUAAUAAUAUCAAUAGUGUUAAUAAUAUCAAUAGUGUUGAUAAUAACAAUAGUGUUGAUAAUAUCAAUAGUGUUAAUAAUAUCAAUAGUGAUGAUAAUAUCAAUAGUGUUAAUAAUAUCAAUAGUGUUAAUAAUAUCAAUAGUGAUGAUAAUAUCGUUGAUGAAUCGAUGAAUGAAUUAAAAAUAAAGGAAAAUACUUUAGAUAAAAAAAAUGAAGAUGAUGCAGUAAUAUAUAUUUAUAUAGACAAAAUAGUUAAUUUGUCAAAAAAAUAUUUUAGUAAUUUAUCAAUUUGUGUACGUUUUUUUAAGGAUGAGAAAUAUACAUAUAAAAGAUUUGAUUUAAAAAAUGAGAUGACAUUUGACAUUUUAUUAAAUUCAAAAAAGAAGGUGUGUGAUAUGCAAGAGGUUAUUAUAGAGGUGUGGCAUGAAAGAGAAGUAACAAAAAAAAGAAAAAAAAAAGAGAUAAAAAAAAAAAAAAAAAUAAUAGAAAAUAAUAUAGUUGAAGAAAAUGUUAAAGAGUGUGUUGGUAUAUUAAAAAUAAAUGUAAACGAAAUUAAUAAAAAUAAGAAUAUUAUAUAUUUAGAAAAAUAUAAUGAAUUGACAUUUCGUUUUUAUGAUGAUAUUAAUUUUAUGUUUAGAGUUUUGUUGAUUAGGGGUUUAAAAGAUAUGUAUGAAAAUAUAUUAUUAUUUUGUAAAAAAUAUAUUCAGAAUUAUGAAAUAGAUUCUUGUAAUUUUUUGUUGAAAGAUAAUAAUGAUAGUGACACAAACGAAAUAAAUAUUAGGAAAGGAAAUACGAAGAAAAAAAUUAAGAAAAUGAAACAUAUAAAUAAUGUAAAUAAUAUCAAUGGUAAUGAUAAUAUUAAUAGUUUUAAUGAGUAUGAUGUAAGAUCAAAUUCUUUUCUAUCGAUCAGUGAGCAGUAUUUUAUGUAUGACUCUUUGAAUAUAUAUAAUAAUGAAUAUUAUAUAUAUGAAAUACAAAGGGAGGUAUUAAAAAAGGGAAUACGUAGUAAUGUGAUAAUAAAUGGUGUAUUAAAAAAAGGGAGACAAAAUUUACAGAUUAAUAAUGUAAAUAAGGAUAUAAUAUCCAAAAAAAAUAUAGAUAGUGAUAAUAUUUCUGAGUUGUGUAAUUAUAUUAUGAAUGAUAGUUAUGAUGAGUUAGUUCCUAAGAAAUAUAUGGAUACUUUUAAAAUGAAUAUAAAUAGUAAGGAAAAAAAUAAGAAUAAAAAAAACAAUAAAAAUGACAACAUCAACAAUAAUAAUAAUAAUAAUAAUAAUAUGAUGAAUUAUAAUUAUAACAGUGGGAACAAUUUUCAUUGUGAUGAUGAUAUUUAUUAUAACAAUUGCAACUAUUUAAAUAUCGAAUUUAUAAAAGAAGAACUUCUAUUAUGCAAUAUGAAUGAAGAUGUUGUGAAUUUAUUAAUUCGAGAUAUAAAAAGUAAUUGUAUUAAAGAUAAAUAUAUUUUAAAAAAUUAUUUUGAAGAAUAUAUAGACAAAAUAUACAGCAAGUGGGAAAAAUUAUCAAAUAAGAUUUUUAUAAAGAAUAAGAAGAAUAUGAAUAUAAAUGAUAUAUGUGAAUAUAUUGAUAGUUUAUAUAUAGAUGAUGAAAAUUAUAUAAAUAAAGAAGAGUUUUUUUUAUUUUUUGAAGAUAUAGGUACUAUAUUUGUUGAUUCUAAUAUAUUUGAUGAGUUGUGUUUAUUGUUUUAUGAUAAGAAAAAAGAAUUAAUACAUUUUUCUUUAUUUUCAUCUUUAAUAAUUAAAAAAGGUGUUGAAGAAUUAAAAAAUAUGAUAUAUGGAUAUGAUAUAUUGUUAAAAUUAUUUGAUUUCUUAUAUAUGAAAAAUAUAAGUAUAGAAUAUUUAGAAAAUGAAUUAUUUAAAAUUUCUUUAGAUAAAAAAAAUUUCUAUUCAGAAAAAAUAAAAAAGAAUAUAUCAAGAAAUAUAUUAAUAGAUUCAAAUAUAAAUUAUAAUAAAAAUAAUAAACCAAAUGAGAAUUUAAAUAUCUUUUUAAAUGAACAAGAUAAUAUCUGUUCAUGUACCUCUUUACAUUUUUUACAUUCUAUAAGUUUUAUUCUAAAAAAAUUUGAUAAUAAUAAUUUUUCAACAUAUGAUUUAUUUUUCUUAGUCAAAUAUAUUAUUCAAAAUCAAAACAACUAUGUAUUAUCAGACACAUAUGUAUUUAUUAAUGUCAUUAAAGGUAUUGAAACGAUAAAUAUAACAUAUUUUUUAUGUUUAUAUUAUAUAUAUAUAAAUCAAAAUAAAAAUAAUAUACAAUUAAAAGAAGACCAUGAAAAUGAUAUGCCAGAAAAAACAUGUGAUGAUAAUUUAAAUGAUGAUAUACAAAUAGAAAGAAAUGAAACAAUUCAAAAAGACGAUCAUUGUUUAUAUGACGAAGAUAGUAUGUGUAUCUCUCAUUCUGAAGAGAAAAGUGAAUAUUUAUCAUCCUAUAGAUCUGUAUAUAAGGAAAAUAUAAAAUGUAGCAACAAAAAUGCAAAUGCAACAGUAAAUAUUGAUGGAAAUAAAAAUGUUAUAAAAAUAUAUCAUGAUGAAAAGAAAUAUAUAGAAGAUCUAAACAGUAUAAAUAAUAUGAUGAAUAGUGAUGAUAAGAAUGAUUUGUGUGAAGAAAAUAAAGUGGAUAUCACAAAUGAUGUAACAAAAGAAUGUGUAAAUGAUAAAAUAUUAACUGAUCAUAAUGAAAAUAAUUUGUAUUCCGAAAUAAAGAAUGUAGAAGAUGAUUUAAUAAAUGAAAAAGAAUUAUAUAAAGAUCAUCUGAUGGGUGAUAUUAAUAAUGAUGAUAAAUUUUAUGAUUUAAAAAAAGGAGAGAAUAAUAUUUUAUAUUCAUCAAAUAUAUUAGAUAAUGAAAAAAGAAAUAGACCUAAACAAAAUUACAAAAUAAAAAAGAAUAUAAUAUUAUCUAAUAAUAAUAUAAAGAAAGAAGAAAAUAUUUUUUAUUCCAAAUUAUAUAAAAGGAAAGAUAUACAAAGGAGUGUUAAAAAUUCACUUAUUAUUAUUUAUCACCGAAUUGUUAGUGGCAUGAUAACUAUGGAAUAUAUAGGUGAAUGCUUAUAUUCUUUUUGUAAUAAUAUUUUAAAAAAUAAAAAAGAAAAAUAUAGCAACAAUAAUAAUAAUAAAAAAAAAAACUAUUUUAUAGAUAAAGUAGAAAUUUUAAAGCUAUUAGAAUCAAUAGGAAUAUAUACAUCAUAUGAUAUAUCCUUAUGCAUAUUUAAGUGGUAUUUAUAUCAAUUAUAUAGAUAUGAGGAAGAUGAAAAAGAAAAAAUUUCAAAAAAAAAAAAAAAAAAAAAAAAAAUUAAUUCAGAUAAGAAUGAUAUAGAAAAAAAUGAAGUAGAAAAAAAUGAAUUAGACAGUUUUUCAGAUUUUAUAUUAAAUAAUUCUAUUUCAGAAGAAAUUAUUAUAGAGAAUUAUAAUAUAAAAGAUCAUUUAAAAAUAAUAAAAAUUUUAUUUGAAAAAUAUUCAUUAAGUGAAUAUAUUAGUGGGAAUAUAUUUUCUGGUAGUACGUUAGAAUAUUUUUUUUUAUUAUUAAAAGAAAGGAAUAUAAAUAUUAGAAUUUUUUCAGAAAAAAAUAUAUUUACAUGUAAUGAUUUUUUUAAAGAAAUAGAAGAAUUAAAUUUAGAAUUUCCAAAAUCAUAUAUAAGACUUUUGUUUAGUAAUUUGUUAGUUUAUGAUAUAACAUCAUUUAAUAGUUUAAAUAAUAAAUUAAUUUUUUAUGAUAAUAUUGAAUGUUAUUGGAAAAAAUGGAAUAAAAUAAACUUUGAAUAUUUUAUAUAUGAAAAUAUGGAUAUAGAAGAUAAAAAGAUAUUGAAUAAUAUAAAUGAUAUAAAUGAUACAUAUAAUAAUAAUAAUGUAUCUAUUGAUAAUAAUGAUAUGUGUUAUUUAUUUAAACAUGUUCAAGAAAAAAGAAAAGAACUAAAUAAUGAUAAUGAAAAUAAAGUGAUUUCCAUAAAUAAUAAUUGUUGUUAUUAUGAUAUAAAUACUUAUGUUGAAGAAAAAGAUAAUUUGUCUUUAGAUAAUAAAAGAUUUAUUGAUAUUCAAAAUAAACAAGAGAAGAAAAAAAAAAAAAAAUGUGAUUAUUCCUAUUUUUAUUCUUUACCAUUAUAUAGUUUAUUUUUUUAUUUUUCAAAACAAAAAAUAUUAAGUGGAGAGAAAUUAUUAAAAUAUUUUUUUAUAAAUAUUUUUAAAUAUGAAUUAAAUAAAAUAAAUAUUAAUAAUUAUAUGAAUAAUUAUUAUACACUAUAUGAUUUUAUACAUAUAUGUAAAGAUGUUAUUUUAUAUAAUGACAAUAUAGAUGAUAUAAUAUAUAGAGAAGAUUUUUUUAAAUUAAUAAUAUUAAUAAAUAAAAAAUAUAAAAAAAAAUCUCAGGAAUAUAUUAUAUCAAAAGAAAAUUCGCUUGACAAUUUUUUGAAGAGUAAAAGUCAUUAUUUUUCUUAUAUGUUUAAAAAAAAUUGGGUAUUUAUAAAAAGAGAUAUAAUCAAUUUAGAACUUAAUCUAACAUAUCACAAUAAUUAUAAUAUCAAUUUGAUUGAUGCAUAUAAAUGUAAACCAACUAAUUAUUAUAAUCAAAAAAAAGAUAUACACCAAUAUAAAAAUUACUGCCUUUAUAAUACACCAACAUAUUUAGAUUUUAUUAAUAGCAAUAUAGACAACUCUAUAGAAGAUAGAAAAAUUAUUUUUAAUAAAAAAGGAGAUAUAGAAAAUGAAGAUGAAUUAAUUAUAAAUUUUUUUAAAAGAAAUAAAAAAGUUAUAAAAUAUAUUCGAGAAUAUUUUUAUAUAUUUGUUUUUUUUCAAAAAAUUAUACAUAAUAAAGAGAAUUCUUAUGAUUUAUUUUUUUAUGAAAAAGAAAUUGUAUACUAUCAAAAGAAAUUGAAAGAAUAUUAUUUAAAAAAUAAUGAUGUGAAUAAUUAUAAUAGAUCAAAUAAAAAUAAAAUAGAUAAUUAUAAAUUCUAUGACAAAUGUGGAUAUGCUAUACCUUGUGCCCCCCAAAAAAAAAUGAAAAGAGAAAAGAAUGAUUACUGUUCUUUUAUUUUUUUAUAUAAUGAAAUAAAUAUUUGUAAUGAAGAGAAAAGAUUUGGAUGUAAAGAAUAUGCUUAUAUGAUAUAUCCAUAUUUAUUACUUCUAUGUGAUUUUAUAAAAAGAAUGAUAUAUAUAUAUAAAGAAAAUUAUGUUGAUAUUAUAAAACAUUUAUUUGUUAUAGAUAUAAAAGAAAAAAAGAAAAAAAAAGAUGUAAAAAAAAAUAAAAUAGAACGUUUUAUAUUUUUAUAUAAAUUAGAAAAUAUCUUGUCAAGAUCUGGUAGUUUCGAUUAUAAGGAGUGGAAUAAAUUAUAUUUGAUAUGUGAACAUUUAGAUAUAAGAAUUGACACUUUGAUAAUACAAUUAAUUAAUAUAUUAGAAAAACAUAAUUACAUAAAAACAUGUAAUGUAAUGAAUGGCUGUGUCUUAUUUUAUGAUUUCUAUAAUGAUUAUGAUAAUAAGAAUAGAUAUAAUAAUAAUUAUAUAGAAAGACAUAGAUUAUUAUUUGAUCUUCUAUAUAAUAAAAAAGAUAGAUGUAGUAGUAAUAUAGAAGAAAUAAGAAAAAAUAAUAUAAUGAAUAAGAUGAUUGAUAAUCAAUAUAAUAUAGUAGAAUAUAAAAAGAGAACACAUAAAAUGUUUUUUUUAUAUGAGAAAGAAGAAAAUGAUAUAUAUAUAAAACAUAUGAAAUAUGUAAUAAGUUUUAAUAAACUAAUAUUAAAUGAUUUAUAUAUAUAUAAGAAAAAGAAUAAAAAAGCAAAAAAUGAAAAGAUGUUUAAUAAUAUAAAUAUAAAUAAUUUAGAUGUAUAUAUAUAUAAAUAUAUAAUACAUGAUACAUUAUAUAUAAAUUAUUUAGUAAAUUUAUAUAUCCGAAUAUUAUUUAAUGAAUGUUUAUUAACUGGAAUGAAUAUUAAUACAAUAUUUUAUGAUAUAAAAAAUAAAAAUACAUUUAUAAAUAUAUUAUUAAGAUAUUUUAGUCAUAUAUUUUGUGAAUAUGAUAUAAAUAUUUUGUCAAAAAAAUAUUCCUAUCAAAUUAAUAUGACAUCAAUACAUUUAAGUGGAUAUCAUAAUAUGUUAUCUUUAAAAACGUUUUUUAAUGACAUAUAUGAACAAGGAUUAUAUUAUAAUACAUAUUUAAGAAAGAUUUUAUUUUCUUUCUUUUUUAAUAAUUCAAAUAUAUUUUAUAUCUAUAUAAAAGAUGAACAAGAAAAAAAUGGUGAUGACAAUUUAUUAUUGUCAUGUAAGAAAUUAAAACAAAUUUUAAGUAACAGUGGAAUAUUUUUAUCAUGGGCAGAGAUAUAUGAUUUUUUUCAACCGCUUAAUAAAUAUUGUGUCAUCUAUUAUAAUAAAAAUUAUGAUAAAGGUCAUGAAAAAAAUGAGACUCCUUAUAUAUUAAAGGCAUAUAUAAAUGUGUCUAAUUUGAUAGGUAUCUCAAAGAGGAUGUUAAAAGAAAAGUUUAAUCAUAUUAAAAAUGUUGACAGUAAUAUACGUAUAGAGAACCAUAAUACAAAUAAUAUAUAUGUCAAAACAUAUGAUGAAGAAGAAGAAGAAGAAAAUAAGCACAUAUGUGAUAAUGAUUAUAUAAAUAAAAAUAUUUCAGAUCAUAUAUAUAAUAAGAAAGUGUUACAACAAGAUAGUAUAGGAACAAACGAAUCAAAUAUAGUUGGUUGUUAUAAUAUGGAUGUUGAAAAAAAUACACAAGAGGUAGUUUUAUCUUCUCAAAAUAAUAAAAUGUGUGUUUUAAAAAGAGUUGAUUCAAAUGAAGAGAAUAAUGACCUAAAGAAGGAAGAUGAAUCUUUUUAUAAAAGAAAAUAUAGAAAUGGAUACACAUGGUGUGAUAAAAUUAAUGGAGAUUUAAAAGGUCACUAUGUAAAUGAAGAUACAUAUAAUAAUAAUAUUUAUAAUAGUAAUAUUUAUAAUAAUAAUAAUAUAUUAUUUAAAGAAAAAGGGGAUGAGAAUUCUUUAUUAUCAGAAAAAAUAUGCAAUAAAAAUAAAGAAGAAAUAAAAAAUAUGUCUGCUAACAAAAAAGAUAAGAUAAAGAAAGGAUGUUAUCUAAAAGGCAAAACAGAGAAUGAUGAAAAGGAUAAUAAAUUAAUAAAUAAUAAAAAUAUUGAAAGAAUAAAUAAUUAUAUGAGUCCAUGUAUUUAUUCUAAUAUGAAAUAUAAUUUUUUGGAAGCAUCGAAUAAUAUAUAUUACAAUUUGAGUUUUAAACAAUUAACAUUAGGAAGAGUUUUAUAUCUAUUAUUUUUAAAAAUGAAUAAUAUAAUGAUAAAAAAGAAAUUAAGUUUUGAGCAAAUAUAUUUUGGUAUUAAGAAUAUAAAUUAUGAUGAUAUUAAAAAAAAAGAAAUGGAAAGAGCAUGUACUUUAUUUCUAAAUAUGAAAACUGAUCAAUUGAAAAAUAUUAUUCCUGAUAAUUUUAUAUUAUAUAAAAAAGAUAUAAAAAAUGGUAUUUUUUUUAAUAUAUUUAUUUUGAAGGAUACAUAUGAAGAAAUAUUCUUACAACAACAAAAGGAAGACACAAAGGUUUCUAUAUAUAACUUUAUAACUUAUUAUGAAAAAAAAAAAAAUGAUAUCAUGUUUUCUAAUUAUUCAUUUGUUUAUAAUUUUAGUUAUGAAUGGGUUAAUUGCAUGAAACUUAAGAGUGAAUAUAUAAGUAAAGAGGAUUGUAUGAAAUUAAUUUGUUCUUUUAAUAUGCAUAAUAAGACAUGGGAUGAAAAUAAUAUAGAUAACAAUAUAAUAAUAAAUGAUAAUAAAACAAAUGGUAGUGAUAUCCAAUUGUGUGAUGAUAAAAUAAAAGAUCAAAAAAAAAUAAUAAAUAAUAAUAAUAAUAAUAAUAACAAAACGAAUGAACUAUUUAACUGUGUAGAUGAUAGAAAUGAAAAAAAGAACGUAUCAUUGCCUACAGUAUUAAAAGAAGAAAUGCUGAAAAUAUUUGAAAAAAAUAUUAAAGGUAAAUGGAAAAAAAUUUUAUUAUCUAUUUUUGAUAUGAAAAAUUUUUAUGUUCAUAAUUUACGCAUAUUGUUUAAAGAAUUUACUGGAAUAAAUACAUAUAUAAGAAAAAUGAAAGAAAGGAAAUCUAAAAAUAAUUCUAAAAUAUGUGAUGAUAAUAAAAAAGAAGAUGAUUCAAAUAUACAACAUAGUAAAUUUUCUUUAAAUUAUUAUUGUUGUCUUGGAACUGAAGAAAUAUUUUUAACUAAUAUAUUUUUUGAUAAGAAUCAAUGUAAUAAUAUAUCUUGUUGUGAUGAUAACAUAAUAUCUUAUAUAGAUACAGAGAAUAAAGGAAAUAUAUAUAAAGAAGACACUUUAUAUAUAAAUCAUUUAUUUGAUCAUAAAUUUUCUACCAUAAAAGAAAAAGAUAUUAUUACUUUAUUUAAAAAUAAUAAAGAUAUAAUAAAAAUAAAAUUAUAUUAUAAUGAAAAUGUUAUAGCAGAAGCAAGCUUACAUAUUUUAGAAUUCUUUUCUAUAUUAAAAAACAACGACAAGAUAAAAGAUCAUAAAACUUUAUGUUUUGUUAUUGCGUCGGAGGAUACACAUAAGGAUAUUUUAUUUUUAGAUAUAGAUAUUUAUUAUGAAAGAAAAAAAAUCUAUGCUGAUAUGCCUAUAUUCCACACUACCAAUAAGAAAAUACAAGAACAAAAGUUUAAUGUGGAAAAUGUGAUUGAAGAUAUAGAGGAUAUAAAUAAUAAGGAUCAAAUAGAUGUAAGAAUUGAAAAUGAAACAAUUAGUGGUGAUAUACAAAAAAAUGUGAACACUGUAUAUUGUGUCGAUAAAGAUAAUAAAUUAAAUGAUGUGGAUAAUCUUAUGAAGGUUACAAAUGUAGAAACAAAUGAAAAUAAAAUAAACAUUACAUCGUUUUUAGACGACCAACAAAAGAAUUAUAAUAAGGAUGAUAUUCUAGAUAAUAGUGCUGAAUAUAUAUUAUUUAGAAAAAAAAAAAUUGGAAAUAAUUAUUAUUUAGAAUAUAAUAAAAAUGAUGAAUUACCACUAUCUAAGAAAGAAAAUAUAAAAAAAGAAGAUACACCAAAUGAUAAACAUUUUGAGAAUAAUAAACCAUUUGUGAGUUUUACUCAUUUAACUAUAGAUCAUAUAAUUAUUCCAAUAUGUUUAAUAAAUGAAAUUAAUAAAAAAGUUAUAGAAAGACAUGAAGGGAUGAAAUUAAAUGAAGACAUAUUUGUUGCUCUAUAUAUUGAAGUGUACGAAAAGGUGAGUACAUGCAAUGAAGAAAAAAAUAAACAACAUGAACAAGAAGAUAAAAGAGAUAUGUACAGGUUAUUAUCUAGUUCUGUUCCGAAAAUAGUGAAUUGUAAAAAAAAAAAUGAAAAUAUGAAUAUUACGAGUGAAAUAUGUGGUGAUACCAGCAUAUGUUUUUCUCAAAAAAAUGGAUAUGAUAAUAAAGAUAAUCAUAAUAAAGAUAAUAAUGUAUAUAAUAAUGUAUAUAAUAAUGUAUAUAAUAAUGUAUAUAAUAAUGUAUAUAAUAAUGUAUAUAAUAAUUUAUAUAAUAAUUUAUAUAAUAAUUUAUAUAAUAAUAAUCAUCAUGCUGAGGGUGACAAAUUGAAUAAUCACCAAGAGUGUGCAACAAAAAAUAUGAAGCUUAAUAAAACAAUGACCAACUUGAAAAAGAAAGAAAAACAUAUUAAAAUAUUUGAGAAACAUUUAAAUAUACAUAACAUAAAAUUAAAACAUCAUGAAAUUAUUAAAAGUAAAAACUUAUUUAUAGAAGGGAAAAUAAUUAUAAGGGCUAUUAUAUCUUUAAAUCAUAUUUCAGAAGAUAUAAUUAUUGGGGAGCAUUUUUUUAAAAUAAAAAAUAUGUUAUAUGAAAAUAAAAAUAUGACAUAUUAUUCAGAGAAUUUUUUUCAUUCUAUAAAUAAUAAAACGGAAACACUAUCUAAUGAAGAAAAAAUAAAUGACAAAGGUGACGUAUCUGAUGGAGAAGAUAAAAAAAAUGAUGAUAAGAACCAACAGUGUGAUUAUCCUAUCGAAUGUGAACAUAAUAAUAAAACAACAUGUUCGAGCAUCCCACUGCUUAAUAAUAAAAAAACUUUUUCUUCUGAACAUAAUAUAGCAAAUAGUAAUUUUGUGAAUAAUAUAUUUGUAAAUAAUAUUAUUGGAUAUAUAUCGUAUCAAUAUGAAAUAAAAGAAUAUAAAAAUAAAGACUAUGAAAAGAUUAAUAAGUUUACACUUCCUAAUUUUAUUCCCAUAUAUUUUAUAAAAUGUGAUGAUAAUGAUAAUAAUGAUGAUAAUGAUGAUAAUGAUGAUAAUAAUGAUGAUAAUGAUGAUGAUAAUAAUAAUAAUGCUAGAGAGAUAAUAAAAGAAAGAGAUGAUGAAUUAUUAUAUAAUACAUUAUAUGAAAAAUUAUUUAGUGAUAUAUUAAGAAAAUUAAAUUAUAAAAAAUAUGUUAAUGUAGACAUGUUUAUAAAUACAUUAAAAAAGAGUUCAUAUAAAAAGCAUAUAAAUUAUUUUAAAAGAUUUUUUUUUUAUUUUAUAAAAUUGAACAAUAAAUUAUUUUUCCCCUUAAAAAGUGUAUUAAAGAUAUUGGCCAUACGGAAAUUAUCGUUUCACUUUUUAAGUUGGAUUAAUUAUUUUUUUCAUGAAAUUCAAAAAUAUUUUUCAUAUUUUAAUUUUCUUGGCAUAUUUGAAUGGCCCUAUUUAUUAAAGUGUGUUUUAAAAUCUCAGGAUGAGUACCUAAAAGAGGAAAAAAGAAGAAAAAAAAAUAUAGAAAUUAACAAGGUGUGUAUAUAUAAGGAUAACACAUGUGAUAAUAAUGAUAAUAAAAAUAAUGAUGAUAACAACAGCAAUAAUAAUAAUAAUAAUAUUAAUAUUGUUGAUAAUAAUAAUAAUAUUAAUAUUGUUGAUAAUAAUAAUAAUAUUAAUAUUGUUGAUAAUAAUAAUAAUAUUAUUAAUAAUAAUAGUAGUAGUAGUAAUGUUGGAGAUGUGGAAAGCCAUAAAUUUAUUCAAACAAAAGACGAAAAAAAAACAAAUUCUGUCGAAUCAAACAUAUCUAGCUAUCUAAACUUUACAAAGUGCAGUAAUACAUCUGUUAAACAUUCAAGCAUUAAAAAUUGUAAUAAUGAAAAAAAUAAUGUAGAUAAAAAAACAAAAAAGAAAAAAAAAAUAUUAAAUGAAAAAGAUUGGUGGUUAUUAAAUAAUUGGAAUUAUUGGCAUUUAAGUUGUGAUAAGAAAAAUUAUUUUUUCUUAUAUUUAUUUGUAAAUGAUAUACUUAAUUUUUAUGAAGAAGAAAAAAACUUUUUUAAAAAUAGGAAGAAAUAUAAAAGGAUAGAUAAUGAAGGUAUUGAUAAUAAUAAUAAUAAUAAUGAUAUGUGUUCAUAUAUUCAUAUUAAUAAUAAUAAUAAUAAUAGUAACAUAGAAAAUGAUAAACAGAAAUUUAUAUUAUUAUAUAAUAAGAAAGAAAAUUACACAAGUGUAGAUAAUAAUUGUUCAAGACAACAAAAUUGUAAUUCAUUAAAUUUAAAAAAUACAAAAAAAAGUAAACAUGUAAAUAAUAUCAAGAGUGAAGAAAUAACAUAUUCUAUCCUUUCUGAUGUAGAAGAAAAGAAGAAUGAGGACUCAUCAAAUGAAAAAAAAAAAAAAAAAAAAAAAAAAGUAAUAAACAAUAAUAAUAAUAAUAAUAAAACGUCUAUUUAUCAAUACAAUAUUAUGAGAGAUUUUGAAAAUGAAAAAAUAUCAUACAAUCAUUUAACAUCAGAUAAUAAUUCACCAUAUAAUUUUGUCAAAAAAAAUAAUAACACAUUUUUCAAUUUACAUUUUCAUGAUAAUUUAAAAAAUAAAAUUAACCAUCUUUUUAAAAAUUAUCAAAAAGAUGAUUUACAGACAUAUAAUAAAUAUUAUAUUUUUAUAAAAGUCAAAAAAUUACUUUAUCCCUUACCUUUUAUAAAUAAUAAAAAACCCAAUAUAUUUUUAACAUACCAAAUUGUAUUGAAUAAUUAUGAUUUUAUUAAUAAACAUGAUAUAUUUCCUUUUUUAUUAAAAAAAAAAAAAAAUUAUAUUAUUAACAAUGUUCAGGCAAAAACCAAAAUUUAUUAUAAUGAUUGCUAUCCAUAUAUUAACAAUUCAGAAAUUUUAAAAUUACCUGAUAUAAAAGAAUUAAAUGAUAUUUUCAAUAAACAUUGUAUACAAACACAAGAUGGGCACUUGGAUUUUUAUUUACAAAACUUAUCAUUACAAAUAAAUAUUUAUCACGUUGUUAGUGAUAAAUAUAUAACACCUCAUCUUAAUAAUAAUUAUAAUAAUAAUAAUUAUUAUAAUAUUUAUGAACAAUAUGAAGGAAUCACAUCAAGUGAUAAUAUAUAUGAUAAUACAUCAGAAUUUUCAACGAAUAAUAAUAUAUAUAAUAUGGAAUAUAAAAAUUAUAAAGAUAAGGAAAAAAAUAUGUUAAUAGCUAAAGCAUUCAUUCCUUUUAAUUUACUCUUAAAAAAAAAAAAAGCAAAGGUUAGCGUCCCAUUAUUUUUCUCGCCAUUUUUUACAAAACGUUUUAAUAAAAAUGAAAUUGAAGUAAUACUAAAAUAUCAUAAAAAUAUAAGCGAUUAUUUUAAAUACAAAUAUAUGAAGCAUACAAAUCAAAAAUAUAAGAAAAGCGAUGGAAAGGAACAUAACCCGAAUGGUAACAACAAGUGUAAUCAUAUAAAUGAUAUACAUAAUAAAAAUAAUUAUUAUAAUAAUCAUCAUAAUAAUAACCAUAAUAUUAAUUACAAUUGUGAUCAAAAAAUCAAGAACAAUAAUAUAAAUAUGAAUCAAAUUAAUAUAUCAAAUAAUAUAAAUACUAAUUUAAAUCCUAUAGACGAAAAAAAUAAAAACGAAUUUAUAGAUUUGUCAAAUAUUCCUUUAUUAACAUUACCUAAAAUUCCUCCACCAAUAUCUUAA